ACGAUUGCCGAGGAGCACCACCCGAUGGGAAAGUUUCUUAAGUGUUUUAAGUUCUAAAAUGAGAUUAUGUGGAUCAAACAGUGAGUCUGUGCGAGACGGAAAUUGACGUCGUUGACAGUGUUUUGAGAUCUCCUCCUCGGAACUCUUGAAAAUUUUUCAAUAGUACUAAACGUGAAGUGAUUGUAAGGGUGUCUUCUAUCGCUUCCUGCUUUUAAAUGUAAGCUGGACCAUUGUCACCUGGGGCACCAAAAUGGGCAAUACAUCGGGUAAACAUCAGCUACGGGAUCGUCCACGAAAAAAUGUUCACUGGAAAACUGCAGAACCUCCUGUGGCACCAGGCAAGCCAACUCUUGUACCUGGUGAUGCCGAGACAGCUCCCGAUGUUGUCACCAUUCGCUGGGAGAAGCCCCUUACGGACGGUGGUGCCCCAAUUCUCGGCUACCUCGUGGAGCAUCGUCGUACCGGUUCACCUCACUGGGUCCGUGCUACUCCGGGUCUCGUACCAUAUACUGAGCUCACGCUGAGUGGCCUGGAACCAGGCUGGCGCUAUCAAUUUCGUGUUGCUGCCGAAAAUAUUGUUGGUCUUUCACCACCCAGUGAACUCUCAGAUGGGCUCACUGUUACCCUUCAGCGCACUGCUAUCAGUGUACCACGUUUUGUACAGGAACUCGAGGACUGCGCAACAACAAUUGAAAAUGACCGGGUGGAAUUUCACGUGCGAGUAAUUGGAACACCUCAACCGGAAAUCAAUUGGUUCAAGGAUGGUUUUGAAAUCUUCAGCAGUCGUCGUACAAAGAUCCUCACAGAGAACGACACAAGCCUUUUGGUAAUUCAUCAGGCUGCACUAACAGAUGAAGGUGAAAUUAAAUGUACUGCUACCAAUCGUGCUGGACACGUGGUAACUCGAUGUCGUUUGAAGGUGGAAGCACCACCAAAAAUUCGAUUACCCCGGCAAUAUGAGGAUGGUCUCUUGAUUGAGGCUGAUGAAGUUAUUCGCCUAAAGGUUGGUGUGGCUGGUCGACCACCACCCAGUGUUACUUGGCUAUUGAAUGGCGAAGCACUGAAGUCCGAUGAUCGUCACGAAAUCACAACAACUGAUAGAAACUCUUCCCUGAAGAUCACUCAUGCUCAACGUUCUGAUCGUGGAGAAUACAAUAUCAGAGCUAAAAAUACACUCGGAGAAGACAAUGCGUCUUUUCUUCUUACAGUUACCUCACGCCCUAGUUGUCCAGGAAAGGUCACAAUUUCAAUGUCCAUCGGGAAGUCUGUUUCUCUCACAUGGAACAGUCCCGAAGAUGAUGGUGGCUGCAAGAUUGGCAAUUAUGUGGUAGAGUACUAUCGUGUAGGAUGGAAUGUUUGGCUUAAGGCUGCAACAACCCGUCAACUGUCCACCACCCUCAAUGACUUGAUUGAGGGUAGUGAAUAUAAAUUUCGUGUCAAGGCAGAAAAUCCAUAUGGGAUGUCAGAGCCAAGUGAAGAGUCAGACAUACUAUUUAUUCCAGAUCCAAAAAGGGGCAUCACCAAACCAAAUAGCUCAAGUGAUACUAGUGUAUUUAUCGACGAUCAACGACCGACGAUUGUACCAAGACGAAAGCAUACGACUUCAUCACCUACCCCAGCCAGUCAGUCCCUAGAUAGCAAUAUAAAUCAAUUGACCAGAACGGUGGACAAGAGCGAACAGACGCAUGUUGCACGACUUAAAAUUCAACGACCAACUGUCAACAUUCAACUAAUACCUCAGGUUUUUGAUUCGGAAACUAUAGCUAGAGAUAUUUCCUAUGGUACUCCUGAUCCCAUUGUCCUAGCAGCAGAGAAGAGGGAGAAAUCUCCAAUGAAGCAAAAAGAAAAAUCACCAUCAAGACCGAAUGAAAGUCCACCAGAAAUCCAACUAAACCUAUUACCAUCUGAUGCUGAUAGAAGACCGAAAUCUCGAGAGAGCUCACCUUCAAUUGCAAGGGAUAUACGGGAAAAGAUUUCAAGAGAAAGAUCACCAGAAACUCCAAAGCAGACAGUUUCUGUUGAAAAAAGUAACGUUCAUGUUCAAAUGGCGCCAAAAGACAUUAUAACUAGUACGGUGAAGACAAUAAUUCAGGAACCAUCCCCAGAAAAGGUCGCAGAAGAGAAAACCAAGGAAGUACCUUCUGUUACCAAUGCAAGCCCAGAAAAUGACAUGCAAAAACCAUGGAAGAGCCUUGAUGCUCCACGGGAUAACAAUGAUGGAAUUCAUAGUAGCGGCGAAUUCGUCCUUCUUAUCUAUGAUGAGAAAGAUGGGUCAAAGAGUGUCUCAAAGCAACAGUCGUUUGACUUUGAAAUUGAUGAAGUUAUUCCGCCACCACCGCUAUCACUAUCAGCACCGGAACUUUCUGCAGAAAUACCUCCUCAGCCUAUGCUAAGACGGUCUGUUAGUUCUACUGAAUUGCUCUAUGAGAGAGCAAUGGCUAGAUUUUAUCAUGCCGUGGAAGCUGAAGAGGAAGCGGAAAAGGUGAAGAAGCAAGGUCAAGCAGCACCAACUUUGCGUAAAGUCCCUAGUCUCACACGAAGAGAUUCAUUCAAUGAACAUGAUCGUGGUGAAAGAAAAAGUUCUCUAAGACGAAGACUUUCAGGAGAAAUUCCAAUUGUCCAUCCAGGAAAUCUCAAGCUCAAGGACAUGGAAACGGGUAGCGUUGAGAGGGAGAUAUCGGUUAAAAAAGAAAAGCGCAAGAGUCCUAGAAAAUCGGAUGAAUCUAUUGAACUAACUAAAGAUCGGGGUGAUCUUGAAUACACAGACGAUUACACAGAUAGUACAGCGUCAUCAGAUGAGUCAGAGACUGAGAAGUUUAAGAGAAAAGUUCGUGAGCAUGCAGGAAAAUUUACAGGUGAUGAAGAAUUGGAAACUUAUCAUCCAAGUGGUCAGCAAAUCCGAGUUCAAACCCCCUAUAGUCAACCAGCUCCUGAUCAAGCAGCUGAGGUACUGUCGAAGCCUUUCAAUCUGCCGAGUCCGGACUUUAUUCCGAAGCCCAUCCUGAAGAGGCGAACUUCGGUAGAAGGAGACUCCUCAGCCAAGGAGGAAGAUGUUGCAAAGAAAAACAAGGUUCCGGAGAAAGGUGAGAGAAAGAGCUUGUCAAAGAUUUUUGAUCUGAAGCCUCUGUCAAAGGGGAGCAACAGUAAAUUGCAGGAAGAUGAAGCUGACAAACCUUCCGAGAAAGUUGCAGAAAAACCCCUUACGGCAAGUGAAUUGUCGAAAAAGAAGAAACUGGAAGAAAGACAAGAAUCCUUGGAAGAAGAGAAAGUUGUGAUUGAUCAUUAUAGCGAUAUAGUACGAGAAUUGGGAAGUGGACGAAGGACUCCUGUUCCCAUAUAUCUCAGUGCAGAAGAAUUAAAAAAGGCCGCGGAACAAGAUGACGAGGAGAAGACACCUCCAAAGCAGAUCGAGGUAGCAGUACAUGAAAAACCCAAAACUGUUAACCAACCAAAGAAUCGAUCACGCAGCAGUUCGGCAACUAGAAAACGCCCGGAAAUUGUACAAACUGACAUCAAACAACAAAAUCAGGACGUGAUUCCGAGAGGGAGAUCCCCAGCACCAAAACCUUCCGCAGAUAGAAAGGUACCAAGAUCUCGUGAUACCUCCACUUCAUCUCAAACUGGUGCUCCAAGGCGGACUGAGAAGUCAGCUGUAGAAAAAAGGGCUGCUUCCAAGACGAGAAACCGCAGUGAAUCUAAAUCUCCUGCUUCGCUAAAUCGACGGCCACUAACACUGAAGCCACCGGAUAUACCAAAACCCAGAGAACCAACUCCACCUUCUCCACCACGUUCUCAGACUCCUGUAGAAAUUACUCAGGAAGAUGCAGAUAUCAAGGUUAAGUCUACUUUCGCUUAUAUAACAGAUCUUGCACUCUUUGUGGCAGCCUGUUGGGUGUACUUCUUCAAAGAUGCCCGUCUCGUCAUCCCUAUCUUGGCCCUGAUGGUAUAUCGACAAAUUGGCGAUGCAAUGAAGACUUACUUACCAUCAUGGAUGAAGAAGAAAGAAAGCUAACUUUAAUUAUGAAAAUAAACCACGUGACAAGGUUCAUUUAUGUGAAAAAAAUUGUUCUAACAUUGUUGUACAAGAAAUGUGCAAAAUAAAAUAAAGAACUUCAAAAACACA